UCAGAAUUGCUUAAAUACAUUUCUGUAAGAAACUCAGAUCUGUAUUCAUAUAACACAAUAUUCAUGAUAUUGACUAUUUAGUAUUAAAAGAUGAUGUUGUCCUCCUCCUGUGCAUCAUCACCUGCCUCACCCCAUCAACAUUUCUUUGUAUAGAAAAACCAACCUGCAAUCUAUAUAAACCCACAAUUUACAGCAUCAGUUGCAUGAAUUGGGUGAAUUAAUGUGUUAUUCCACAGCACUCUGCAACCUCUCAUGCAACCCGUCUAAAAUACAUCCAAACCACCAUGCUGAAAAUUUUCAGUACCACCCACACUCCAAACAUUUUACCGUGUACACGGCUAUUUGGCUGGCACAGCUUCAUAUCAAAACGCGUCUACCCCAACCACUCCUCCUUCAAUCAUCGCCCACUCACGCGCAGCCGCCGUUCCUCAAGCAAGCAAACAAUGGAUUCCCCUCCAUCCAACGCGAUCAAAUCCAUCGCAAACAAACAUAUAGAUACCGACACCACCAGAUCCACCGACAUCGACACUCUCAUCACCCGGAUGACCACUUACAUGAUCCAAUGCAUGCGCAACCACGACCCUUCCCACAACCCCCACCACGUCCACCGCGUCGUGCACCUCGCACAUAAGCUCCUAGCCUCCGAGCGCGAAAAUCUUCCCCGAUCCACAACCACAUACGACGACACCGUCGUCACGCUCGCAGCCCUGCUCCACGAUAUCGGGGAUAGGAAGUAUCUCCCUACUCCCAACCCCACCACCGCAACAACCAUCGUUUAUGAUGCACUGCUCUCCAACGGCGCAGACCCCUGUCUCGCCGCCAGAGUACGAAUGGUAGUCUCUCACGUUUCCUUUUCCACAGAAAUGAAAGACCCGGACCUAAUCCGCCGGCUCAUUUUUGAGGAAGGGUAUCCGGAGCUAGCUAUCGUGCAGGAUGCGGAUAGACUGGAUGCCCUGGGUGCUAAGGGCCAGGGGCAAGGGAGCUGGGAGCUAGAUGAGGCAAUUGAACAUUUUGGAGAGAAAUUGGAGAGGUUGGAGGGAAUGAUGAAGACGGAGUCUGGGAGGGAGAUGGCGAGGGUGAGGACGGAGAGGUUGAGGGAGUUUAGGAGGUGGUGGGUUGACGAGAAUGAAAUGGGGUGAGGUUGCAUAUAUGAAAAAGUGUGCUGAGAACGAAGGGCGGAACUGAACAUUUUCACGCGAGGAAUGUAAUGUCAAUUUACCCCAUUUUGGGUGGCAUGGGAAUUCAACGCCUACUCCCUGGAUCCAGAAUUACGUAUCUACCCAUGAGAUACAUUGUUUAUGAGGUACGUCUAUACCUCAGUUCAUCAUUGAUCUUGGAUGUAGUUAGAUCGAGUGGACCAACCCUGUACAGAUACAGUGUAGCAUGUUCUCGAAGAUACACAAGUCAAUAUAAUUAUAUCUAGCUAUAUAUAUAGACCGAAGAUCCACGAGCAUAUAGACAUCCACUGCCCAAAUCCCCAUUGUCGUGGGCUCUGCAAAAUGCGGGCCUGCGCGAUACUCGAGAAAGGGGCAAUUUAAAACCACCCAAUGUCCUUGUUGGAUGUGGAGCUGUUCAAGUGUUAGAUGAAGCAAAAUGGCUUCCAAUCAAGCAAUGUUCAGUUGGGGAAUAUACUUGUCCGACAAUGAAAAAAAAAAAAAAAAAAAAUUGUAACAGCGGUGCCAACAACUAAAAUAAGCCGGAAAUAAAUAUGCACAGAUAUACAAAUUCACUACACACAGGUAAUCUCACAAGAACAAAAAAGAAAAGGGAAAGAAAAAAAUAAAAUAAAAAGGAACGAAAAUAAAAAGCCACACCCUUAACAUCACUAAAACACGUUGAUAGUGAGUGCUCUGUUAGUCGCGCAGCUCUGAGUAUUAGAGAUCAUAGUGCAGGGGUGGGCGGGGAACGGAGGGCGAAAUCUACAUGCGUUGCAUCCAAAAUAUUGCGAAUGCGCCAAAUCCAGAGGGCCAUGUCUUAAACUAGGGGUAUGUUCUCUCAAGAACGCCGAUGCCACCACAUGAAAAAUAUGAAAGCAGGUCCGCACAACACCAGGAUCAAAUCUAGCCUUCCCGCAUGCAGAAAAAUUGGGGGAAUAGUUAGCAAACAAAGGGAAAAUGUAUGAUUUAAAAAGCAAAGUGGGCGCCAUGUCCUGAUAUCGUUACCGACAAGUGUCGAAAGAAAAAUGUAUAACUAAUGAAAAGAGAGCAGAGUAAAUCAAUAAGCAAGCAAACAAAGAACGGAUUUACACCGCAACAAUAUAUUUCAUAUCACACUCGAUCCCGUGCGAAGUCCAAAACAUCACAAUCAUCUUCAAAGAAGCCAUCUUCAUCAGCUGCAGCACCACCACUGAUGGCGGAGGACACUUGUGUUCUGUCCGAUGCCAGUAUUAUCUUCGUCAUCUUCGUCGCUGCGUGUGGCUGGGCGCAAAUUGAGUCUUAUCGCGGGAAUAUCGUUCCCAAAAGCCCAUUGUUGCUGCGACUGAAUGGCAUCU